UUGCCCCUUAGAGAUAGGUAGAUAGGAGAUUCAUGUAGAAAAAGGACAUCUUUUUUUUUUUUUAUUGAUAUUAGUUACUAAAAGGAAGGGCAGCUUCCAUCAUCAAACGAUGUUUGUGGAAGAAGAGAUAACGUGCGAUAAGAUCUACCCCAGAGAUAACGAAAAAUGGAUCAACCACCCGAGGUUGCCACGAAAAAGUGAGCCAUGGAUAUACCGUCUGAGAACGGAAGCGUACAUGGAACUGGGCAUCCCAUUACAGCUGCCUAUCAGGAUCCUGGCCUUCUUCCCCAUUUUAAUAGCUUUUGCGUGUUGGCAGGUCAAGGUGACCCUGGACUACCUAGACAUGUUCGAGCUCUUUGAUCAUCCAGAAAUUUCUCCCAAAUCCGCUGGGAGGGCACUGAUUUCUUUGGUCACGAUCUGCGGCCACAUCUACCUGUUUUUUCAGUUUGUGGACAGGUGUGAGAGACACUACCGUAGAGAAACGACAAGGGAAGAAUGUGAUGCUAUACACAAGACUAAUGAGCGGCCUAAAGACAUGAGAAAAAAACGUGCAAAGAAAAAUGUAAAGGACGGUCCGGUUUUAUCCAUCGAGCUGGUUGACGUCAUUUAUCGUUACGCCUGGCAGAAGAUGAUCAAGGAAGCUGAUGAAAUCGAACAAUGGGUGAUGGAGGAAACUAAGGAUCACUACACCUGUGAGGUGGACUGGACGGCGCUGACCAUCGAUCACAAGGUCACCAAGUUCUCUCCCAAGGUGAAGGACGGAACUGUGAUCAAACACACCCGUGGUGAUGUGGAAACAGGCACAAAAUGGGUUACUCUCUUCUCAAGUUUCUAUGACAACAAAGCCGAUAGUAAACAAAGUCACGCUUUUAAAGGAUCACGUGAUACGACUACAUGGGUGGACGUGGACCUAGAACAGUAUUACACGGUCAACAAAGAGGCGUGUGCCCUGUUGAACAUUCCUGAUGAAUAUUUAAGAGUGGGCAUAGACAAUACCCUCAACCUAAACAAGGUCAAAGGUGAAGUGUUCCAAAAGGUUAAAACAUGGGAGAUAAACACUCAGGUUGAAGUUGAGCCAUCGUCUCGAGCCCAUGCUCAGCUGUUAGCGAGACAAGAGUGCUCUGUCGUGGAGUUUGAGAUUCGAACCACUCUAGCACACCGUAAAGGAGUGCUCCCUAUCACCUUCGCAGGCGACGAGUUCGUAUUCUAUGUGAACAUUGAGGACUUACAUAAGGCUUUUAGACUUGUGAAAGAUGGCGGAGUUCUUACAAAAGAAGAAAUGGCAUUUGUGGAGAUGGUGGAGGAGAAGUGGCUGGACGAAGAUGGCGUGGAGCACUCGACCUCCCACCCCCAGAUCAUCACCCGGGGCACCUGUGUCUACCUCGGCUGGACCGACCAGAAAGUGGACAUCAAGACCAGUCCAUUGUCGAUGGACGAGUCCACUUCUGAUGGGGACAUCAGCAUCAAGUCCGUCAGUCACAGAGAAGAAGACCCAGGCGUCAAUUCAUUUGUUGUCGUCGGUUAGCCAGACCAUCGUUUGCUACUGAUAUCGAUACCAAAUAUCCUCUAAACCCAUCACUGCUUUGUACAAUAGACACACAACAUUUUCAUUAGUCUUAAGCCAAACGCUUUGCAGUCAUUCACAUCACUUUACUAGUACAGUCCAACUACAUUAACCGAUAAAAACAUUUUUUUUUUCUGAAAUCAUUAUUUAACCAAGUCUUCGAUGUUUUAUGAUUUCAAUAACUUCAACCAACUAACAUUAGUGAAAACAAACAAUUCAAGAUCUGCCUUUAAUUAUUUUUAAUUAAUUUAGCUUAGCUAUUAAACGAGGUAAAAGUGGAUGUUGGUACAGGAAUAUUAACAUUAAACACAUAGGAACCAUCUGUUACAACAUUCUAUGUCAGCAAGAAAAUAUUGAGUCAAUUUUUAAAAUUGUAUCUUCUUAGUGGAAAUAGUUUGAAAUCAUUUAAUUUUUGGCGAAUUCUAUUGAUAAUUUUCAUAUUUAUCACCAGUUAUUUAGGAAAAAAAAUUAAAAAGGACACUAUAAAAUUAAGCAUGAAUUUUAUCAAAUUGCAUUACUAUUUUUAAUACGUAGAUUUAUAAAAGGAAUAAAAAUGCAUUAUAUUUAAUA